GCAAUCAUGGCUACUCUCCAGGCAAACAAAAAGAUUCUAAGAAAGUCAGUAUCUUCUGUCUUGCGCACACUGACUACAUCCGAGAUACAAAAGCAAACGGAGCAGGUGGUACGGAGACUUGUCGACGCUCCGUUCUUCCAGAGAAGCGUCAGCGUGAGCUGUUAUCUGAGUAUGCCCUCCGGCGAGCUCGAUACCUCAUCGCUCGUUACCGAAAUCAUCCGAUCAGGCAAAACGCUGUUCGUGCCCAAGAUAGACAAGUCCGUCGAAGGAAGAAUGGACUUCCUGAGAGUUUAUGGAGAGGCCGACCUUGCCUCUUUUCCUGCCGGGCUAUGGGGUAUCAGGGAGCCGGACUAUAUCUGGCAGGGAUCGCAGAGACAAAGUGCUUUAGAUACUUCUCUUCAAGGCCUUGACUUGGUCUUGCUACCCGCCGUCGCGUUUGAUCACUCGCUCUCGCGGCUAGGACAUGGAAAGGGCUAUUACGACCGUUUUAUUACUAGGUACGUGGCUGCGCACGAAGGCAAGCGGCCUUUACUCGUAGGACUCGCCCUGCGCGAGCAAAUCCUAGACGUAGGGAAAAUCCCGAUGGGCGAGUACGACUGGAAGGUCGACGCUAUCGUGAGCCCAGACGGCAUAUUCGGCGCCACAGGCGAGCCGUCCCACGUGUCUACGCUGGGAAACCUCCCUGGCCACACAGUUCCAUGAUGCCUUCUCUCUACGCUCCGCAUGUAUUAGUUCCCAAUCGGAGGUCGGAACAGAGCACAGC